AUGGCAGCCAACAUCCUGUGUUUUAUUGACAACAAGACAGAGGUCACAGUUUUUACUCGUAAUGACUGCCAGCCUCAUGGUGUGGACCUCAUGUCACUGGGCCCAUUGGAACAGACUGACUCCUUGUCAUUUGACACCCAAGUGACUGCAGCAAUGGUGCGAAAUGCUGCAAAAAGGUUCAACUAUGGGGUAAAAUGGUGGGAGCACAUAUCUCCAGUCCUUAAUGAGCUGCAGUGUUCGCCUGUAAAGCAUAGCAUUGAAAUGAAAGUCCUGGUUUCUGUUAUCCAGGCGUUUGCUGGAACAACACCACCUUGUAGAUCGUUUAAUACGCUGCAGACGAAGUGGGCCCAUAAACUAGUCAUCCAAUCAGAGUCAUGCUACCUGUUCCUCCGUGCUGAGUUCAGUUGUGCCCAGCAGCACAGAAAGGGAGCCAUUUUCAUGGAGGAGGAAAGCUCACCAGAAGAGACAGGAGGGGAGAUGUACAAAAGAAAAGGUAAAAUCAAAAUAUCACAAAUGACGGAUGAAUACAAAGAAGAUCAACAAUUUUCAGAUGAAAAGAACUCCACAUUUGAUCGUGGAAUCGAAGAGAGGUCGAGAGUCAUUGUGGAACAAGAACUACAAGUUGAUGAUGAAGACCGGAGGCUCUCAGCUCACUCAACAAGUGAAACUGCAAACCAAAUGUUGACUGCAGCUAUCCAAGAAUCUGAUGGCGAUUUGGAAGACGACUGUGAUAUUCAUGAUGGAGAGUUGCAACCCACAAGUUUAUCAAAGAAACUUGUCAAAAGAAGAAAAGCCCAAAAAAGACAUGCAGACAAUGGUGAUGACAGGGGAUUGCUGAACUUGUCUGUGGAAGAGAAACAUGGCAAAGGACAAAACUCUACUACAACUCUCAAGGAGGACAGUGACGGAGAUGAGUAUGGAGCAAAGCCUUUUGGGAUUUCUUCCACAAGCCCGGUCCAAAGAAAGAAAAUGAAAACCAAGCAUGGAGUGGCUGCUGCUGAUCCUGCUCAGUGCGGUUCGUACAAAUUAAUUUGUUUGAAUAGUGGUAGUUUAAAACAAAAGUCAACUUGA